CGGAGCUAGUUUGCCACACACGCUCCCGCUGUUGCAGUUCCUCGCGUUUUCUUUGACGACGUUCUCGUGCGUUGAAUGGAGAAAAACUCACGCGGGUUCUUAUCAGUAAAAUUGCAACUAUUUCCGGUGGUUUUCCUACUAUCAGUAAUCAAUGUGAUUGUACUUACAAGCAACAAUUACUUCUUGUACGAAAUUUAAUGUGAAGUGAAACAUUUUUUUGGGGAGGAAAGUGACGAAAUUUUAAAGGAAUUUCUUAUGAAGGUUUUUUAUGAUUUGUUUUUGUGGGAAAUCUAUAAUUUUUUUCUUUCAAAUUUGUGCCAAAGAUUGCGAGAAGAAAUUUUAUUUACAUAACUAUGAGAAACUGAAAAAAAAGCCGUUAAAAUAUUGUGUAUAUAGGUAAAAGUCGUUAGACAUAAUACCCAUAACACUGAAAAAUGAUCAGUUGGUGACAUUACGAUCUUUAAUUAAAUAAAUUACAUUAUAGAGAACAUUCUGAAAUGUUAUUGUGAGUGCUGCAAGAAGUUCUAUUUGCAUCGGAGAGAUCGGACUUAUCGCAUGUUGGAUCGAAUUGUUUUUCACAGUGACAUCGAUCGAUGAUCGUUUGAUCGUUUGCGCAAGAUCAAUUAGCGAUCCGUGAGUUGGAUAUUAUUUUCAUAGACCACGUUGAUUGGUCUUCAAGACCAUUUUUAUUGCACAAAAUAAAAAAAAACUUUUUUUUUGUAUACAAUCGCGAUAAAUAGAGAUCAGUGAUCGCGUAGUGUUAAAAACAUCCCCCACACAAAAAACAAACCACAAUAAACAUUUAUGCUGCAAAACAAUGCUCCUGCACACAGAAUUGUGAAAUUGGACUCAUAUAGAGGGAAAAUUUAAUGUGUUUGUUGCAAUUUUCUGGACUUCUUUAUGAAAAUUGAGAACCACACAGCAGCGAGGGAUAUAGGCAAAAAGCCAGUGCAACAUAUCAGAAGCUAUGGCACAGUGUUUCCCUUCCACGUGAAAAGAAGAAGAAACCUAAACACGCGCUCCACUUUGGGGCUCUUUUUUGAUGCACCGACAACGGAUUCUUUCAUUCUUGGAAUAUCUCUUUGCCGGUGACAACUCCCAUAGUCUCGCUGUUGUUUUUCUCACCUCCAUACGAUUGACAUUUUGGCCAUAUGGAGAGGAAAAGCGGAAGGAAUGUGCAGGAAAAUUCAAAAAUUGCCCGAAAGCGCCCACAGCAGAGGCACUAUGCUGCAGUACGGACACUUUCACCCGAGACACACUCGGAUCAGAGUUCCGUGGAAUUUCAAGAGCCAGCACAAGUAUUUGCUUCCGUCCAUCGACCACGACAAGCCCUCAAGCGACCAACUGUGCAGCACAUUGCGGUGCAUCAGCAACCACAGGCGAGGGUCCGGAUGAUGGAGGGCGGUAGUAGCCCCAUGAGGGUUGCCAUUCCAGCGGUGCAGCAGCAGACUUUUAUUCAUCCAAGGAAUGGCAUGAAUCUCCUGAGUAACAUCUACGAGAAGCACCUGUUGAGUCAGACAACUUUUGAAGGUGUACCCGGUGGUUCAGGAAGUGGGUGGGAGGACAAGGUGUCAUCCACUGUGAAUGGGCCACCUCACAUGGCUCCCCAUUUGAGCAUCUCAAUGCAACAGCGACAACUCAUGGCCAUUAUUGCCAGUCAAAGGGGCAUUUUUGCAGAGCCCCGACAACCACUCUAUGAAGUCAUUGACACCCCACCACCCACAGAUGCUCGUCCCCCACCCAAACCACGUAUCAAGGCACCCCCGAGGGAUGUGAGCCGGAAGGAUAAUGUUGGACGUAUUGAUCCAGUGGGUGGGAAUCUAACGCCAGAACCGGUGGAGCUUAGUUGCAUCUUCAACAGUGUUGGCCACAAGUUUGAGUACCGCAGCACCGGACGUAUUGGUCCACACCUGGAGAGCCACAGCACAAGCAGCAGCCAAGCAGUGAGGAUGGCCCAGGGUCAUAAAGCCAUGUCCGGACAUGGGUCACAUAAGAGCACAAGGACUACGGAGAUACUAAGCUCAGACCGUGGGGGCUUCUGCGGUGCUCUUCAGCGUACCCCACCCUCGAUGCCGGCAGCAAUCUCACGGAGGUUGGCCAACAGGGAGAACGCAGGCAUUGGCAAGGUAAAAGUGAUGCUCCGAAUAGCAGACAACCCAGCCACUUGUGACGAGGGUAGCGUCUCCAGUUACCUGUCGGUGGACAAAAAGAAGCGUCAAGUGACGCUCUCUGAUCCAAGUCAGGCAUCCCUAGUGGCUGCCUCACACCCCAGUGGCUCCCAGGAAAGGGGUCCAAUGGUGGCGGCACCCAAGAUGUUUGCAUUUGACGGCCUCUUUACCCCCGAGGACACUCAGUAUGACGUGUGCUCUGCGGCACUCAGUGAGGUGAUUCCCGCCGUACUGGAUGGCUCAGACGGAUGUUUGCUGGCGCUUGGAUAUCCGGGGGCGGGGCAAUCGAAGUCGAUGAUGGGUUCGAUAAGUGGAGCUGGUGAGCUCGGUGCCAUCCCUUGUGCCAUAUCGUGGCUCUACCGUGGCAUCAAUGAGCGAAGGCAGAAAUCUGGUGCUCGAUUUUCCGUUAGAGUGUCUGCACUUGGUGUUAAUGCCACGAAACCCGGAUCAACUUCGAGAGAUUUACUGGCAGCACAUGCCACAGAGUCCGACGAGUCACCAGGUGUGUAUUUGCGUGAUGAUUUCCUGGGUGGUCCCACGGAACUACGAGCACCCACCGCUGAACGAGCAGCUCUCUUCCUGGACACAGCCCUUGCGGGACGCGCUUCAGGGCACAGUUGUAGCCCACUAGAGCCAGCCCUGAUCUUUACAUUGCACGUGUACCAGUACAGUUUGGCGGGAAAAGGGGGUGUUGCCGGUGGACGGAGUCGAUUGCACCUGAUUGACUUGGGGGGUUGUGCAAAUCGAGCAGGUGGAUUACCACUAUCGGGUAUUGGGAAUGUUUUGCUUGCUAUAUUGAGUGGCCAAAGGCAUCCGCCAAAUAGGGACCAUCCCCUUACUCCUCUCCUAAAAGACUGCCUCGCACCCAUCACAUGCCAUGUUACUGUACUUGCUCAUGUGGCUCAUACGCAGAGUCACACGGAUGCACUUACAACGAUUCAGUUAGCAUCCAGAAUACAUCGAAUGCGUCGACGAAAGCAUCGAUUUCAGCUGUCAGGAGCUGAUAAAAAUCUCGGUUUAAGCUCAAAUGCAGCUGGACAUCAAUCCGGGGGAUCAUCUGAAGGUCCAGAUCCCUCUAGUUCAGACCUAUCGGCUGACACAGUCAUCUACAUGGGUCCAUGUGAUGAUCAAACAGAUGGAGAACAUCCACCGGUUUACCUACCAAGUCUCAGUUCAGGUGACAAUAGGUGUGUCAUGCAGAAGGUCCUAAAGGGAACAAUGGCGGAGAAGCCUAAUAAAUCACCAGCAAAGAAAGCCAUCCCCAAACAAGAAUUCGUAGCUCCGCCUGUUAACCCUGUGACGGCUCAGAGAACGGAGAGCUUGAAGCGAAACUACGAUCCAGGUUAUCAGAAUACAACGAUAAGUCCGGUUAAGCAGAAAAUCCCAACGAGUCCCUAUAAAUACCCAAUGAGUCUCAAUAAAGCAUCGAACGUACCCACCCCCAAAGGUUCCCCAAUGCGUCGACCCAAUAUGAUGAAUUCUCCCCAUGAUAGUCCUGUUAGGAAGGUUUCCGAAGAAAAGUGGAUAGACGGACCGCGGGUGUCACGUUCCAAGGUAGCUGAAGCUCGACACUUGAUGCGAGAGAUUAAUCACGUAAAGCAGUGCGAAACGUGGGUAGAUGGUCCAAAGACUGCAACACAGGUUGCAGCGAAGACAUUGGUUGCAGGAUGCCUCCCUGGUGCUCUCAAUCCCAACGGAUCGUAUGGAUUUAUGGAUAGUCACAAGAAAUCUAUGAUUCGACAGUGGGUUGAAAAUCAAACGACACAGAUGCUGAAUAGUGGUCAUCAGUUGGCUGUGUCAUCACCAUCGUCGCCACAUCAUCAGAGACAAACGUAUCACAUGACGCAGUUCAAGUGUAGCCGAUCUGAAGAUGAUCAACGAUCAUUGCAGGAAAAUGGUGCCAAACGGGAGGAAGAAAUUCAUUCGGAUCACACAGCCAACACCUGCCCGCAACCAACAACAACUACCAUUGAUAAUCAAGAGGAGGAAGAUCAAGAUAGUGGCCCGUCGGAAGUUCCACCAGCUCUACCCUUGAUCGAUAGGCUGGGAUCUAGGGAGAUAUCACACGAAAGCCUCCACAUUGGCUCAUCAUGCUCACGACAUAUUUCCAGGGAAAACCUUCCCAGUGUCCAGAUGAUGGAUUGCGGUCUGCAGGUUACGGAGGAAGAAAUUGCCAAGACAAUGGGGAGUGGUAUUGGAACUGAUCAUCCACUUAGUGCUCUAAGUCAUGGGGAUAUGUCCAUUGUGUCCAGUUUCCACGUUGGAGAUACAUUUAGUGAUUGCGUUAUUGGUGAUAACUCAAGGCACCAGUUUGACCAACUAGCCCGCUUACGGGAAAUCUUCACGUCACAACUGGCCAUGGCCGAAGUUACUCCGGUCUUCCGGGUUGGUGGGGAUGCCGGAAGUGUCUACAGUGAACCAGCGUAUCGCUUCAAUGGUGGAACAGGUAGUGUUUGCAGUGAACCCGUCUAUCGUGCUCCCUCCCCGCGUUGCCGUGAUUGCCGUCAAUCUAUUACCCUAUCCCGAUCCCCUAGUCAAACAUCCCUUCCCAGUCUCAAUGGGAUUGUCGCCAUAGCCGGCAUGGAGCAGUAUGCAUCCCUGCGACACCCCGAUGGGGCAUCAGAUCCAAAUCUCCAGAAGACAACUCAGUUGGAUGGGGAUGACAACAAACCACCGCCAUCGCCGGCUAUUGAGGAUGAAUGUGGGAAGUUGCUGGCGGAUACGCCACUCCUUUCGCAAACGCAGCUUCCUCAGCUACCACCUCUACCGCUUUCAACGUCCGAAGCGUACGACAGUGGGCAUGAUUCCACGCCACGCACCUCAAAGCACUCCGGGAUAUCACGUAGGGCUGAAAGUGGGUAUCAUAGUGUUGCCACGGUGCGUGAUAGUGAUGAAUCGAGUUUCAGUUCAGCUGCAGGAUCGAAGGUUCCCCCGCGGGAACCUCAAAAGAUCCACGCUAAGAAAACUAAGCGCACAGACAAGUCCCUCUGCCACUGGCUCAGGAGUCCCUUUACGUGCACCUACCCCGACACAGAGGGUGAGGUGAGUGAUUUCUAGGAUCAUCUAUUCCACAAAGAAAACCCCCGUAAACUCAACAAUUAGUGGACAAUGCUAUAAAUUUAGUGCAAAAGGAUAAACUGUGACGAUCAGGCACUAAAAUUAAUGAGCCAAUAAACAAUUUUGUGCAUUUUUUGCGCCAAUUUAAUCGUAAAAUGUUUUUUUUUUGCGUUACCAUAUGCACAUUUUUUAAUAAAUAAAAAAGAAAAAUAAAGAAAGAAAAAAUUGUUGUUGUAGCAUUAAAUUUUUGCGAGAAUUUAAUUCGUUAUUGUUAGUGCACGCGAGAUAUUUGUUAAUUUUGACAUACAUAGUAUUGGGAAUUAUGCGCCGCAUUUUUCACCUCAACACCAACAUCCGGGACUCCAUAAACCAAUAUUUAUUUAUUUUUUUUUUAAUUCCUGCGGCAUUGGAGAAAUUGUUAUUUAAAAAAAAUAAUUCAUACAUAUUUCUGAAUAUCCUUUUUUCAUGCAUAUUAAUUAUUUGAAUUUUUUUGGGAAUUUCCGCGCAGUGCUUAAUUGAAUGCACCCAAUUAUAUAAAAUAAUUUUUAUCGGAAACAAAUUAGUGAAUUUACCAUGAGGAAAAAAUCCCCCUGAAAGAGAGACAGAGAGGAAAAAAAUGAUGCCCAAUAGGGGGUAAUAUUGCAAUGUUUUUUGCAUAAAUUUAGAGGGAGAAAUUUGCAAGUAUCUCUAUUUGGUAUAAAAAAGAUGUAUUUGAAACAAUGGAGUAAAAUGAUGAAUUUAUAAAGUGGCAUAUAAAUUAUACAAUCAUUAUAUACACCUUUAAUUGUAUUUGCUGUAUAACUUUACAAGAAAUGUGGAGGAAGAAAAAUCCCAAAAAUGGGUAGGAAUAAAAAUUUUAUAAAAGA